UGUUGUGUGAGGAGAUCUCUCAGAGCAGCAGCCCCUGAUCAUGUGACUCCUCCUCCUCCAUGUGACUGAUCACAUGACGGUGACAUCAUCGCAGGUCCUGUAAGCACACGGCUCCUCUACAGAUACAGGUUCCUAUAAGGUGUCAGGACGUGGCGGUCUAUUUCUCCAUGGAGGAGUGGGAGUAUGUAGAAGGACACAAGGAUCAGUGUACAAGGAUCAGGUCAUGAUGGAGGAUCAGCAGCCCCUCACAUCAGCAGUCAGAUCCAGUAAGAGAACAGCACCAGAGAGGUGUCCCCGUCCUCUUCUUCCACAGGAUGAUCAGGGAGAAGAUCCAAACAAUAUUAAUGCUCCAGAGACAGAUUUGAGCGAUGAUGAGCAGUAUAAGGAGGAGAUUCCUACAGAGAAAGAUCUAAUCUAUAUUAUUGCUCCAGAGACAGAAGUGAGCGGUGAUGAGCAGUAUAAGGAGGACAUUCCUACAGAUAAAGAUAUGAUCUAUAUUAAUGCUACAGACAUAAAGGAAGAAGAAGAAACAGAUGUGAGCGGUGAUGAGCAGUAUAAAGAGGACAUUCCUACAGAGAAAGACAUGAUCUAUAUUAAUGCUACAGACAUAAAGGAAGAAGAAGAGACAGAUGUGAGCCGUGAUGAGCAGUAUAAGGAGGACAUUCCCACAGAGAAAGACCUGAUCUAUAUUAAUGCUACAGACAUAAAGGAAGAAGAAGAGACAGAUGUGAGCCGUGAUGAGCAGUAUAAGGAGGACAUUCCUACAGAGAAAGAUCUGAUCUAUAUUAAUGCUACAGACAUAAAGGAAGAAGAAGAAACAGAUGUGAGCGGUGAUGAGCAGUAUAAAGAGGACAUUCCUACAGAGAAAGACCUGAUCUAUAUUAAUGCUACAGACAUAAAGGAAGAAGAAGAGACAGAUGUGAGCCCUGAUGAGCAGUAUAAGGAGGACAUUCUCACAGAGAAAGACCUGAUCUAUAUUAAUGCUACAGACAUAAAGGAAGAAGAAGAGACAGAUAUGAGCGGCGAUGAGCAGUGUAAGGAGGACAUUCCUUCAGGUAACCACCCAGGUGAGUAGUAAUCACUAAAUGCAGAGAACAGUCACAG